AUGACUUCGACUUAUUUCCACGUUGUAAAACACACUAUUGAUGCGUCGCACAUCAGGGAAUAUCCACGAGCGACAGCGAAUUCGCAGGAAGAGGUGUUGAAACUUGUGCUGAAUCAGUACAUUCCAAAAAACAACCCUGAACCCCAGCCAGGAGACGUUACCAUAAUUGGUGCCGAGGGGGGUGGUCUCCCCAAAGAGCUGUACGAGCCGCUUUGGGAUGACAUUUUGGCCCAGUCUUCCGCUCAUGGGUUUAAAAUUCGCUCAAUAUGGAUAGCAGAUAUGGCAUGGCAGGGCGAGAGUGGAGUUGUCAAUAAGGGAAAACUAGGCAAUGACCCUUCAUGGGCCGAUGCCGAACGCGACAUACUUCAAAUGAUAACCCAUUUCCGCAUACCGGCGCCAAUGGUCGGAAUUGGUCAUUCCUUGGGUGGCCCAGUACUGGCAGGGGUUUCUCUGUUGCACCCACGACUAUUUCGAAGUAUCAUGAUCCUAGAACCUAUCGUAGGGAUCUGGGACUGCGACGCCAACGGGACGGCCGUAAUGGUUUAUUCGGCGACCAGGCAUGAACGCUUUCCUUCUCGAGACGCAGCAAAGGCCUUCUUUUCCAAACAUCCUUUUUACGAGACUUGGGAUCCCCGAAUUUUCGAAGCAUGGAUACGCUACGGUCUGCAAGAUGAUCCAGAGUCCAAACCUCCGGCCGUCAGACUAGUCACUCCUAGAGACCAAGAAGUUUUCUCCUUUUUGCGCCCCAUUGCGCAACGUUUGUCCAAAGAUGGGAAGGAACUUGAAUACGACGAAUCGAGGAUACAGGAUUUCCCCUUCAAGGAACGACGACCUACCGAAGACUAUUUUUAUCAGCCUUCAGGGGCGCGUCUCUACACGAUGCUACCGCACGUCAGACCAAGCGUGUUAUACGUCUUCGGGGGCGCCAGUCCUGCGAGCCCUCCCGAGGUCUGUAAAGAUCUAGUGACCAGGACCGGGUCCGGUUUGGGUGGCAGCGGUGGGGUUGGGGCUGGGAAAGUGGCCUCAUACGUGAUUGAAGGAUUUGGGCAUUUAGUACCGAUGGAAAGGCCUAAAGAAUGUGCCCAACAAUGUGCGGCCUGGAUCGGGUCCGAGAUCAGUCGCUGGAGGAAGGAGGAGUUGGAAGAGCUUCAGGUAUGGUGGAGCAAGCCCGGGCCCGAAAAAUGUGUGCUCACUGAUCAGGUCAUGACCUGGUUGUCCCAGGGCCGGCCAUCUAAGUUGUAA